AUGGCUCGUGUCAAGCCAAAAGGGAGACCCCGACGAGGAGGACGUAGCCGCCACGUGCAGCAAUACAAGCUCAAUGCUGAAUCAGUCGACAAGAAGCUCGCGGUUCUACCGCCGCAUCGUACAAAAGCAAUCAACGUAGUGCUAAUGAAUGUGCCGAAGAGCGCGACCGCUGUCUCGCAGCCAGCGGAUGUCGAUGAGCUGCUGGCACAACAUAAAAGCUGCGUCGACCCAACAGGAUCCUGUAAGCUGGAGCCGAGUGCGAGCUGCAUUGCGUCGAGUCAGUUGGUGACCCAACUCGAAAAACCCUCGCUACUGGAAGGGCAACCGGUAGAUGAAAGUGAUGACCUCGCCGUUCAGGACAUCAUCGAAGAGACAACUGUCUAA